UUUUCCCAAUCUCUCUCGUUGCCCUUGUGCUUUCACUUCCCAAUUCGAUAUCCUCUCCCUCUUCUUCUGUAAAUGUUAACUUACUCCACAAUGCUUCCAACUCGUCAGCCAUCCUUCAAUCAAACCACCCACCCUCAGAACCAGUCGAGAGGGGUUACCUAUACUAGUCUCACCGUACAGGAGACCACUAAAACUCUUGCAACAGGGGAGAGUGCAAGACUGCUACUGCCCCUACAUGCCAAAGCAAGAGAGGAUUGAAAUGAAUGAAAUUCUGAUCUCUGUUAUAUAUAUAGCAUUGUACUCUCUUUUUGUAAUGAAUGAAAUACAGAAUUUCUUCAUUUCUCUGAUAAAUACCAAAUAGAGCAUUGAAAGGAUUUACACAUGCAUCGCUUCCCAAAGUCCCUUUCCAAUACCAGGUUCGUUCCCACACAGUUCACACUCUCACUCCGCCAACUCAAUGCAAGAUCCAGUAGUCGUUGCCAUCCCAAGAGCGACAAUGACGACAACAUUCAUAGAAGAGAGGACAAUCAAGGUGCGCCUUUACAUCUAUACAAGAGCAAGGGCCAGCACAUCCUCACUAACCCACGAGUCCUUGACUCCAUUGUCCGAAAAUCCCAUAUAAAACCCACUGAUACGGUCCUUGAGAUCGGACCCGGUACCGGGAAUCUCACGCUGAGGCUUCUACAAGCUGCCAGGAAGGUUGUUGCUGUCGAAAUCGAUAAACGAAUGGUUGAGAUUCUCCACAAACGCGUUGCCGAGAAGGGGUUUGAAGAUCAACUCACUGUUAUAUGUAAAGAUGCGUUAAAGACUGAGUUUCCUCAAUUUGAUCUUGUGGUGGCCAACAUUCCUUAUGGAAUAUCUUCGCCUUUGGUGGCUAAGUUGGUAUAUGGGGAUAAACCAUUUAGGAGCGCCACGCUUCUCCUUCAAAAAGAGUUUGCGCGGAGACUGUUGGCUAAUCCUGGUGAUUCAGAGUUCAAUCGCUUGGCGGUAAAUGUGAAGCUGGUGGCUGAUGUGGAGUUUGUCAUGGAUGUAAGUAAAAGGGACUUCGUUCCAUGUCCAAAGGUUGAUUCCUCCGUGAUUAUUAUCCGUCCCAAAGCUGAAAUUCCUGAUGUGAAUCUGGAUGAGUGGUUGGCCUUCACGAGAACCUGUUUUUGUAAGAAAAAUAAGACGCUGGGUGCUACAUUUAAGGGGAAGAGGAAGGUGUUAGAGUUGUUGAGACUGUCCAGAACAACUUGCUCAACCGAAAGUGCUAACAAUGAUGACAAUUAUGACUGCAGCAAUAAUGCUGCUGCUGAUGAUGAUGAAGAAGUGGAUAGUGAUGAAGUAGACUGUUAUUCAUCUUCUUGCUCAGAGACACAAAUGAGUGUGUUCAAGGACAAGAUCAUAGGAGUUCUAAAAUCAGGUGGUUUUGAAGCUAAGAGGCCUUCAAAGCUGUGUAACAAGGAGUUACUGCAUUUACUUGCAUUAUUCAAUCAAGCUGGAAUAUAUUUUUAUGAUCAAUCAAAGCCUAGGAUUAGGGAUGCAGACAGUAUAGAACUUGCUGCAGCUUUCAGUUCAUAGCAAUACUACCUUCUUCCUCUAUUAUUUGUUUCUUUCUUUUUUUUUUCUUUUUUUUUUUUUUAUUUUUUGCUUCCUAGGUUUGGUAACUGUAAGGAUGUUGACGACAGGAAAAUCAGGC